AUGGCUGGCGACCGUGCCGAGGUUCCAUACCAUCUGGACGUCUCUGGGAACCAAUACACAGGCAAUGCUCUGAAACAACUACGACUCAGUGUAGAGAGAUUUGUGCCACCAAAGACGGUAACUGUGGUUGAGGAUCCAAACCUUGACCCUUUCUAUCUGGAGCGAGCAUUAGAAGCUCCGAAGCAGUGGGAUGGUUCUAUUGAUGACGAGUCGGAAGUUGAUCUGGACGACCUCGAGAAUGAGUAUUUUAUGUCUUACAUGACUGAGGAGACACAAUCACCACCAUUGAAUCAACCUAAUCCUGUUCAGUCCCACGCCAUUCACUACCAGGAAUCACAAGAUUCAAAGCCUGUUUGUCCAACGACACCUGAUUGGCAACGAACACAUCAUCAUCACACCCCAAGCUCUUGUAGUUCCAUACAAACUGAUGCUACGGGUGUCACUCCGGACCUAACACCAAGCAGCUCAUUCUCUUCAACAUAUUCCGACUCUGAUUACACCGAAGGAAAGAAACCAACGCAUCAAGAGUUUUUGCAUAGCCAUCGCGCUUUCCGCGAUCGAUCCCAAAACACGGCGCAAUUUUAUCUGCCAGCCGCAACUCCUGACAACCAGUCAAGGGCGUGCACGCGGCCGAAUACUCCUGUGGAGCGAUCCGCGGUUGCAGCUCUUGCUGAAUACCAUAACACGUCCUCUGAAACACUCACCAUGGUUCCCAAGGAGCCUGCAGUAGCUGCAGCAUCUUCCCUACGCUCCAAGCCAUUGCCUAGCUUGCCACCUAUUUUGAAAAAUGUCGGACCUGCCCCUCUCGCUAAAAAGGCCCAAAACAGCGGAUCGAGAAGCCAGAUUGAUCCAUCGCUUAUCUCACCGCCGAGUCUGGUGAACCCUGUUACAAAGGAACCCCACAUGACUCCAUUUAACCAUGCUCUUUUCAUUCCUGCCCAUGGUUGUCCCAGUCCGCUUCCGAACCCCACGCCCAUAUCUCCACUCAUUGCACGACAAAGCACCAAUGCAUCUAUUAAGGGGCGACCCUCAACUUCUACAUCAGUAGCUUACGGAGAACAGUCGGUCUGGGAAUCGGACUCGGAAUCAGGGUCGAUUAGUGGUAAAUCACAAUCCCGGCGGGGACCCAUCGACACGCUUCGGAAGGUCCGAAGUCGAGUGCAGCUGCGUCGCAUUGCCAAAUCGGAUGCGAAGUUGCACGCGGACAUCAAUAAUAAUCCGAACGGAACUACUAUUACGACUACAAUUAAUAGUAUCGGUGGCACAAUCACAACCACCCGUACCACUACAGCUAAUGCUGGCAGCCAUGGGGCAUUGUGGGCAACAUCCCCGGUAGACGCGGGCCAGACCGAUCCCAUAAGCCGCCCGGACAAUCUAACCCAACUCGACAACCGCGCGGCCGGUAGUGUCACCUCCAUACCCGACGAUUUGCUGCCGCCACCUCCACCCCUGAAGCAGACAUUACGCUUGGUGGCCCCAUCCACCACGUCACUCCCACAGUCAUCUCGACACAGCAGCGAGAAAUUAUCCGGAGAUAUUGAUUCUUCGACAGCUGCCGCUAUCCAAGCCCAAUCCCGUCGACGACAGCGGUCUAAUGCCACGGAUGAGUAUUUGCCAUUUCCCAAAACCGAGGCAAUGCAUCAUCACUAUUACUGCAAUAGCCACACCUUGCCAUCAUCGGAAACUGUAUCGUCCAACACCGCUUCAAUAGAACAGCCAACUGUGUUCAAGAGAAUAUGGGGGUCACUGCGAUCCUUGGAUUGUCGCAGUGGUUAA